CACUUGUGCACUCCUCUCUGUGCAACAAACACAGAGACAAAGUACACACACUUACAAAGACCAUACAACAUACAUACACACAUUAGCUCAAACACAAAAAAAAUUUACUGUAAAAAAAAAAUAUAUUAAUUAACUGGAAAUCAAAAAUUAAAAAACGUACCAAAAAAUUUAACUUGCAGAGAUUCUUUUUCUCUUUUUUGUAUACAUACAUACAUACAUACAUACAUACAUACAUACAUACAUACAUACAUACAUACAAACAUACUGUACAUAGACAUAUACUUAACCGAUUGUUUUGUGAACGUGUGUCUUUGAGUACGCUUAUUUUUUACCAGUGCUUUCUGUUUUUCGAUAUCAACUAUGAAACAAACAGCCUUUCCUGUCAAUAUGGAUGGCAGUCGUAGGGGUCCUGUGCCUCCCUCACGCCCGCGCCCUGCCGUACUCAAGUCUUUUGGACGAACAACCCUUCUCUCCCGCACGCACUUCCCGGCACAUCAGUCUUCUAGGCGGCUUAGCGGAGGAGGUGGACUCGGCAAUGUUUGAUAGUGUGGUGGAAUUUUUCUUCACGAACUUUGGGGAAGAGGCGGGGAUGAAGGGACGGAGUUACGAGAGCGGCACGGAUUUCAAACACACGCCAAGUUAUGAAGGAAACCAUUUCGAAGGAAUUCACACCGGCAGCGGCUACAGCAACUUCAUGACAGGAUACAAACAUGAGGGCCAAACCAAGCCGGAGAAAACCUGCAUAGAUGUGUACGGUUUAUCCCACAGCAGUAGUUUUUGCCUCGAUGUGUUUGCAGCUUUAUCAGUCGCUGGUGUGGCAUUGCUUCUACAGAUCCUCUUCUUCAUCGCAGUGGAAGUCUUCUGUCCUGAUCUCAAAAGGAAUGAUGACAGUAUUGAUGGCGCCCUGAAUGGCCUGAAUACCUUGUUAGGCCUGCUAGGUGCUGGAAACAUGAGUAGUCUGUUCGCUAUUGAUAAUUCGAACAGUGUGACCGUGGAUGCGGUGGGAGGGGAUAUGAUGAAGACAGGCGAUGGUGAAGGCAGCGUUUUUCUUAAUAAGGACAAUGGGAAAGUUUGCUGGCUGCGAGGCCUUGGUGUUUGUAGGAGAGGAUCAGACUACAACUACUACGGCAUCCCCCGAGUCUAGCGGAACAGAAGAGGAAAAAGACACGGAGGAAGAAGAUAAUGAAAGAUUCUUACGCAAGGAAGGUAGGGAAGGUGACGAUGAUGAUGAUGAUGAAAAAGACGAAGAAGAUGAUAGUGAAAAAGACGAUGAAGAUCGUGAGCGUACUUCAAGCACCACCACUACCACUACCACCACUCCUAAACCCAGUCGCGGGCCACUCCUCGUGCUCGUGAAGAAGUCUGGUGGUAUUUGUUAUGUCACCAGCGCAACUGAGUAUAUGGGAGGACAUUAUGAGCAGGACCCCACACUAACCGAACAAUGGAGGAGUAUUGAACACCUCUUCAGCCCCUCCCUGCUGCUGCAAGCAAAGAACUGGUUCAUGGACGAGGCCCGUCUCUUUGGCUACAAGUUCGGAGGCAAAAAUUCCCCCUUGUGUCGUGUCCUAAGCUACUUUGUGUAGAAUCCUGAGUUCACGCGAUCACGGACUGACUGAGUUCAGGCGAUCACUGACUCACUCCUGCUUCGUAACUUUUUUUCACUAGCACCAGUUUUCGCGAUACUGACUCAACAGAAGGAGUUAUGCAGUUUCUUACCUCUCUUCACAAUUUUGUUCACCUAGACCUUGAAAUCCAUUGUUCAGAGCUGGACAUUCGUCGGUCUAGACUGAAUAUCAGCGGUUCUCGGCCUGACAACAGUGUUCCCUGAAUUCUACUGCGCUGUUUUCUUCAGACUCUGGUACUCCUGGAUUUGACGAAAGCGUUGUGUACCCGAUCACCAAUUCAUCGAGGUUAUUUUGUUGUCACCUUAGUUACACGUGUAGAAUCAUAAUCCUGUGCGUGCGUUCAGCGUGUGAGUCUGACGUCUAAGUGCGCAUUAAUUAGUUAUUAGAGACACAUUGAUUUAUAUAUGUAUCCGUUAAUAUAUGUGUACGUACAUGUGUAAGGCACUGUUCUGUGUACCUAUGUGUACGUGUGUUAUAAGUAUCAAUAUUUUUCACUCGUGUGUGUAUGUGUAAUUAUUUAUUUCGGCAUGUAUACAACUCUCCUUGUGUAUGUAUGUACGUAUAUAUUUAUGGAUUAAAUGCAGUCAUGAAAAA